AAUUCAUCCACUACAAAAUGAAGUUUAUCGUCGGAGAUCGAAUCCGCAUGCACGGACGAGCAGUUGGCUAUCCGGAGAAGAUUGCUGAAAUCAUCGAAGUCCUCGAGUCAGAAGGACUCUUUCGUUAUCGAGUCAAGUUUGACGAUGGAACAGAAAUGGUGGUGAUGCCUGGACCGGAGAGUGUCAAGGUGUAGAUGGAAUGUGAGGGUCAACUGGACGUCAAUCAAUCAGAACCAUUCAAUAUAAAUAUCAUCUAUCA